UGUAUCAUAGAAAUACCGUCGUCACGUACAACAACGCUGAACCCUCCUAAGUCUAGUCGAAUCGGAAGAAACCGGCAAAGUCUCACCGUCGUCGAGAAAGAUAAAGUAGCGAGAAGUGUGGAAGGAAUGUCGACGGUCACAAACUCCGGUUUCCCUAGCCAGGAGGAGGACAAGAAGCCCCUCGAUCAGUCCCAGUCCGGCGUGCACAUCAACCUCAAAGUCAAGGGCCAGGAUGGAAACGAAGUGUUUUUCAGGAUCAAGAGAAGUACGCAGCUGAAGAAGCUGAUGAAUGCUUACUGUGACAGACAAUCUGUGGAUUUCAACUCUAUUGCAUUCUUGUUUGAUGGUCGCCGUCUUAGAGGCGAGCAGACUCCUGAUGAGCUGGAGAUGGAGGAUGGGGAUGAAAUUGAUGCAAUGUUGCACCAGACCGGAGGUGUUGUUGCAUAACAAUAACCAGAGAGAGAGACAGAGUUUGAGAUGCCUUAGUUGAAUUCAGUUUUUGGCAAGCCUUCAUUGCCAAGAAGGGAUUGUAAUUAAGGCUGUAAUGAUACUAAUAAAUCUGCUUCAGCAGUUAACUAAUGUUAUGAUGGUCAGAUGUUUUAUGCUACUUUUUGUUUGAAAUGAUGUUUUAUGCUACUUGUUUCUCUUUUAAUACAUGCUUUCCUUUGAAUUC